UGUAAGGAAAAGAAAAUAAACAUAAAAACAUUCAUUAUCAAGAAGAUGUGACGAGAGGGGUGAAAAAAUUAAUAACAAAACAAAAACUAAAAAUGAAAGUGAAAACGAAAACGGAAACGGAAAAGGAAAAGGAAGCAACCGGAUAUCCUGAGCAAAGUUAUUGACAAAGAAAACAAUUUAAAAGAUAAUUUAGCUAAACAAACAGUUUUUCAAGAAAAAAAAAAAAAAGAAAAAAAAAAUAACAACAAAAUUCAAAUGAAGAAAAAUAUCAAAUGAUAAUGAAAAUGGAUGCGGAUAAUUUUAUGAGCUUCGCAUUCCGAAAUACAUGAUUCAAGUUUCUAGUUUUCGCAUUAUUCCCUCCUACGAAGAGACUAAACUAGUUUUGUCGUUCCCCAAACAUGUCCAACUAAUUCUGCGUAAGAAGUAAUCGAAAGUGCGAUAAAUAAACUAUCGCUUAUUAAUUCCGAACGUAAUAAGUGGAAGCUCGCCACUUCUGAGAUUUCGUCAAGCAUGUUCAGUAGUUCCAAUAUUCUGAGUUGUUUUAACCGUAACUACUGCCCGGCUGUCCAGAUUAGUGUGUGCGCGCUGGAUUCAUCCGAUCCGUUACUCGCUUAGACCUCAUUCUUCUCAUUGCAAAAGUCAAGAUAUAACAGUGACUUAAAUUCUACUUCCUCGUCUCUCGAAUAAACAAGCUAAACAAUAGCAAUAGAUGUGUUUAGUUUCUCUUUAGAAAAACACAUAAAAAAAAAAAAAAGGAAAAAAAAAGUUGAGAAGAAAAACUAAAUAAAAAUGACAGCAUCUGGUAGUAAUUUAACGAAAGAAUACACACAGUGGUCGCAAAAUCAACGCAGCCAUCAAUGCCGCAGCCAGCAUUAUAAUGAUGGCAACUAUCAAGCCGAUCGACCAGAAAAGCUCAAACACCGUUCCACUAGCAGAUGUCAUAUAAAUGAAGUCACUUGGCUGUUCAUGUUAUGCUUAUUGGUUCUACUACCACUUAAUGCAUUCGCCAAUCGGCUCUCCGAUACAAAAUUGCAUGAAAUCUAUUUGGAUAAUAAAGAAAUUAAGCUCAGCUGGAUGGUCGAUUGGUAUAAGCAAGAGGUGUUGUUUCAUUUGCAAAACGCGUUCAACGAACAGCAUCGCUGGUUUUAUUUGGGCUUUUCGAAACGCGGUGAUAUUGGUGAUGCUGAUAUAUGUUUCUUUGAAAAUCAAAAUGGAUUUUUCAAUGUGGUCACCGACACCUAUACCAGCCCGAAUGGUAAAUUCGUGCACAAAGACUAUCAACAGGAUUGCGUUCUAUUCAAAAUGGAUGAAUAUACGCUGGCGUUUAAGCGAAAAUUCGAUACGUGUGACCCUUCAGACUUCCGUAUGCAUGAAGGCACCAUGUAUGUAAUGUGGGCCAGAGGUGAAAAAGAUUUACAAUUGGCUGACUAUCAAUUUCCAUUUCCCAAUGUUUCUCAGCAUGAGUCUGGUAUUCAAAUGAUGCAGUUAUUGCGUAGCGACAAAAUACUUAUACCCGAAACCGAUCUUAAGGUUGUAGAAAUAAGGUUACAUAACGUAACGAUACCCGAUAAGGAAACUACUUAUUGGUGUCAUAUACAAAAACUUGAUGACUUUCUCGUGCACAAACAUCAUAUCGUUCAAUUUGAGCCAAUUAUUAUAACACCUGGUCUUGUGCAUCAUAUGGAAGUCUUUCAUUGUGAAACCGAUUGGAAUGCUAAUAUACCGCUAUACAAUGACGAUUGUGAGCAAAUGCCAUCAGCAGCCAAAGUUUGCUCGAAAGUGGUUGCCUUGUGGGCGAUGGGCAGUAGUACAUUCACAUAUCCACCCGAAACUGGUUUGCCGAUGGGCGGCAAAACUUACAAUCCGUUUAUACGUUUGGAAGUGCACUUCAAUAAUCCAGAAAUGAGAAAAGGUCUUGUAGACAGUUCCGGUAUGCGCAUUAAAAUGGUCUCACAGCUGCGACAAUUCGAUGCCGGUGUCAUGGAAUUAGGCCUUGAAUAUACAGAUAAAAUGGCCAUACCGCCAGGGCAAAUUGGUUUUCCCCUUAGCGGUUACUGUAUCGCCGAAUGUACUGAAGUGGCCUUACCGCGUACAGGCAUCGUUAUCUUUGGCUCACAAUUGCAUACGCAUUUGACUGGCGUACGUGUAUUGACCAGACAUUUUCGCGGUGCGGAUGAGUUGCGUGAAGUAAAUCGUGACGACUACUAUUCACAUCAUUUUCAGGAAAUGCGUAACUUGCGCUAUAAGCCUCGAGUUUUACCGGGUGAUGCUUUAGUUACCACUUGUUAUUACAACACUGUGGGCAAAGAUAACUGUACACUUGGCGGUUUUUCUAUUAGCGAUGAAAUGUGUGUUAAUUACAUUCACUAUUAUCCUGCUACAAAAUUAGAGGUGUGCAAAAGUUCGGUAUCCGAAGAGACUUUGGAAAAUUAUUUCGUUUAUAUGAAAAAGAAAGAGCAUCAACAUGGCGUACAUUUGAGCGGAGCACGUUCGAAAAAUUAUGAAAGUAUUAAGUGGACACAACCUCGUGUUGAUCAAUUAUAUACGAUGUAUAUACAGGAGCCACUUAGCAUGCAAUGCAACAAAUCGGAUAAUACACGUUUCCAAGGUUAUCAAUGGGAGAAUGCACCCGUCACACCAGUACAAAUCAAAAUACCUAUGCAUCGUAAACUUUGCCCCAAUUACAAUCCACUCUGGCUGAAACCCCUUGACCGAGGUGAGUGCGAUUUGUUGGGCGAAUGCAUUUACUGAAGUGCGGUUUAGCUUUACAUUUUGUUGAUUUUAAAUUAGAUAAUCGUUUAAUAUCCAUUCCCCUUUACCUCUUUUGGUUGCUUUUUUCUUUUUUUU